GCGGGCAGCGCUGCUAUGGGGCAGGACCCCCCCCCUAUAUAUAAUGGUCUGUAUUGGGGGGGCCUGGCCGAGAGCUCGGCCCUGGAGAAGGAGCUGGACGCCGCCCCCAUGAGCUCAGAGCCACGGACGAUGGGAGACCCGUUCAGCUACUGGAGCGGCCCCACAUCGCGCAAUGAAUACGAAUUCAGCCCCCACGGCACCACCGGCUUCACCCGACCCAGCGCCAAAAGCAUCUACAAUCAGCGCAAGGACUACGGGCAGACGCUGCUCAAACCCCAAAGCGACUUCCAGCACCACGUGGAGCACCUGCUGACCCUGCGGCUGGAUCGGGAGCUGCGCAGCAUCGAGGAUUGUGUGGGGCGGCUGCGGGAGCUGGAUGCGAUGGGGAAGGUUUGGGGUCAGGAUCUUCUCUUGGGGGUCCGGGAUCAGGAUCUGCUGCUGAGCGACGUGGAGAGCAGGGUAACCCCAUACCCUACAUCACCCUGUGUCCCCAUAACCUUUGUAUCCCCGGCUAUGAGCUGUGGGGUCCAUCAGGCCGAGACUCUGAAGAGCAGCCUGGAGAAGUUGGUGCAGCAGAGCAAGGAGGAGCAGCAGCAGCACGGCUAUGGGUCCGGCUAUGGGUCCAGCUAUGGGUCCGGCUAUGGGUACGGGUAUGGGUCCGGCUAUGGGUCCAUCUAUGGGUCUGGCUAUGGGUCCAGCUAUGGGUAUGGCUAUGGGUAUGGGUAUGGGUAUAGUUAUCCCACCUGCCCCAUAGGAUCGGAGCAGAACAAAUGGAUGGGCCCCAAUGGAGAGACCAUGUCGGACCCCGAACGUGACGUGCUGGUCCUUAACCACGUGCUGGACGAUAUGGAGCUGUUUAUGGGGCGGCUGCAGGUGGACAUUGGGGGCAGCCAGACCCCAAAGAAGAAGAAGAAGAAGAAGAAGAAAGAUCUCCCCUCCAAGGCAGAAUACGUGGAUUUCUAUCAGAAGGUGAAAUACGCCAUUAACCUGCUGGCGUACAACUGGCAGCACAUCGAGGUCCCGUCCGGCCCCAACCUGUUGGAUCACAUCUUCCAGGCCCUGAGCUCCGUCCUGGCGCUGUGCCCCCACCCCCACCUGGCUGCGGAGGUGCAGACCCCCCUGCUGCUCCCCGAGGCGCUGCAGCUGCUGGAUGGGACCCUCCUGCCCGAGCAGCACCGCACCUGGAAGAGCCUGGGCACGGCCUGGAACAUGAGCCGGUCUCAGUACCCCAAUGCUGAGCAGGUCCCUCGUUACAUCCCCACGUUCUCUGACGGCUGGCUGCCCCCCCCCAUGCUGACUGCAGACACCCAGCCGGCAUUAGAAAGGGAUGACCCCACAUAUGGAGACGCUCCGGGGCAGCUCCCACCCCCACAGCCCCCCACGUUGGUUCGGGUGUUGUAUGAAUUCCAGGGCAGGAACCCACAGGAGCUGAGCGUGAGGAUGGGGGACACCCUGCAGGUACGGGAUGGGGGGGGGUCGGCGUGUGAGCCCCCCGCGUCCCUCAGCACCGUGCGCUGCCUGGGGGUCCUGGGGGGGCGGCAGUUGUUGCACAUGACGGCGGCGGAGCUGCGCGCGGUGUGUCCCGAGGAGUGGAGGAGGGUCCUGUUCAAACUGAGCCCCGUGCGCUCCGCCAUGGGGAUCGGCCCCAAUGACUGACAGCCGAUGGGAGCCCAGCACAGUGCGGUCCCGACCCCCCCCCAAAAGGAUGGAGCGACCCGAUGGGGGGUGGGGGGGAGUGGGACUGAGGGGGGGCUGGGGGGUCCCU